AUGCUACUCUUUGAGGUCCAAUUUCUGCUUCUUGCUAUCCUCCUCCAAACAUGUGACGCAUUUCACCGAAAACCGCCGGCUAUUGGUGGUCUUUUACUACCUCAGGGACAAUCGAGAGCAAAUUCGGUCUUAGCAAAACGGGCAGACCAGUGCGGGGAUGGAACUGAAUGCCGAACUGGAUAUUGCUGUGGCACGGGGUGCUCGUCAAACUGCUGCGCUAAUGAUAAUGGUGGAAUUGGCUGUGGGGACGCUGAACGAUGCGAUUUUGCUGGUAAUCUCUUCAUCGGCUGCUGUCCGAUCUCUGCAGUGCAAGGAUGUACCGGCACUGCGGCCUCUGUCUACGUGACCUCGCCCUAUCGCACUAUUACCCUGACCACAAACGUGCCCUUCAUCGCAACCCAAUACACCCCAACUGCAUAUGUGACAACGUCUGAGUAUUCGCGUCCAACAUACACGCGCUUAUCUGAUCGUCCGACUCCAACGUCGUCCCAAGAAUUCGUACCUUCAGCGACCUCUGUUGCUACCAACGAUGCCGGAAACAGCGGCGGUGGUAAAAUGUCUACCGGCGCGAAAGCGGGCAUAGGAGUCGGCGCAGCCGUAGGAGGCCUUGCCUUGGGAGCAGUUGCAGGGUUCUUCUUUAAGCGCAACAAGAACAAACCAGCAGAUCCAACCGGUGCAGUAGCCUAUACACCUGCAGCCCCAGCGCCAAUGGCCGAAGACAAGGGGGAUAUGGUGACUGGGAAGGUGGCAUAUGUUCCACCAUACCCCAGCCAUCCAUCCGAGCUGUCAGGGGCAAAUUCAGGAUCUUUGGUAACUCCACACCCCAGAACUUUCGCGUUCGCUCCCCAAACAACUCACAUGCCAAUCCCAUUCACAGGAUUUUAUCUGCCCAAAGUCCAUACCAAUGAACGAUCGUUCGUAUAUAUGGUAUCGUUGAAGGCCGUAGUCCACAAUCAAAUCAGCCACUUCCUUAUCCUCGUCUUCAAUAUCUUCCAUCCGGAACUUCUGCCCACUGUCUGUGGCAUUCGCACUCGAUCCCACCAUGAUCUGACCGGCUUCAUAUUUGAGCUACCAGUAAACUUUGCCAUUGUUUUCUUUAAAAAAAAAAAAAAAAAAAAAAAAAAAAAAAAAAAAAAAAAAAAAAAAAAAAAAAAAAAAAAAAAAAAGCUCGUCAGCAUCUGCGGCGAGAGGUUACAGUCCAAUUUGCGAGGACCUGCCCAUCAUAUGCCUUUGAAGUUGGGCAGUGAGACACGCCAGCUGCAGGGGAGUCUUGCUGAAGUUGUUGAAGUAAUGGCGUACUCGAAACUGAAUUGCAGCUUUGUUAAAGGCAUCGUCCAUGGUAUGAAGGUGAAGAGUGGACAAUUCGACAUCGAUAUCCGGAAAGAAGCCGAGACACGAGACACGCAACACGCCGAGAUUUAUAUCAUACAACUGUGA